AUGAAAUCAGAUUCUUUAGCAGUAAGUGUUUAUAUUACUAUUAGAUGAGAAUUACCAAAUAAAGAACCCAAUUGGUAGAGGGGCUGGUAGUUUUGUGUGUAAGAUUGUAAACCGAUUAAGUAAAGUAGAAAUGGCUGCUAAGAUUAUUUAGAAAACAUCAUCAAACUCACACAAAAUAUAGAAUGAAGUUAUGA